AUGUCUACUCAUCAUGGAUCCGAAAUUGGAGAUGACCAAUAUGAUGCAUUCUAUAUGCCUGAUCAACCAAAACCUAAGUUACUUCCAUAUCCUGCUGCAGAUAGGCUUCAUGCCCUGGAAAAGAAGAUCAAAGCCAUAGAAGGAAACAAUAUCUUUAGUGCUUCUGCCAUGAACAUGCGCUUGCAAAAUGCUGCACCACCAAGACAAUUCAAGCCAAGACCUCCAAGAAGGCAACUUGAUCCCCUACCAGUACCUUAUAGUCAGAUAUUCCCAUAUCUGCAAAAAGAGGGCCUUCUAACAUUGAGGGAGUUAAAACAAGCUAUUUUUCCAUAUCCACCUAGAUACGAAGCUAAUGCCCAUUAUGAGUUUCACAUGGGAGCACCUGGUUAUACCUUGGAAAAUUGUUUCGCAUUUCAAAAUCGGGUACAAGACUUGAUCGAAGCCAAGGCCGUUUCUUUCACUCCGAGAUGCCCGAACGUAAACACCAAUCCUAUGCCAACACAUAAGGAUGCUUCCGUUAGUGCAUUAAGGAGGGUGAUCAAGGAGUUGGUUGAGGAAGAGAACAAUGAAGAGCUGAGGAGUUUUAUACAACAAAUGCUGGAUCGAUGCGAGUUACAGAUGAAUUGUUGUGUCAAUAACAAGCGCCAGAAAGAGAUAGCCAUGGUGGACAUCCCUUAUGAUGAGGUUAAAGUGGAAAUACCUAUAAGCCCAUUGGUAAUAGAGUUUCCAACACCGUUUGCAUAUAAAGAUGAGAAGGCAGUCCCGUGGAUAUAUCAGCCCAGAGCUUUUAAGCAGGGGCAGGAAGACCAACCUUUGAUGAUCAACGAACCAAAUGUCACUUCAAUUGUGGGGCCGGCAGGGAUGACACGUAGUGGCAGAGUGUUCGCACCAAGAACUGCUGAUACUUCUGCAAAAGCCAAAGGGAAGGAAGCCGCUGUCCAGAUCCCCAUCCCUAAUCAAAAAAUGCAAGACAUGCACCUAUCUCCUAAAGCUGCAGUUACUCGUGAAGAGGCCGAGGAAUUUCUGAGGAUAAUCAAGAAGAGCGAUUAUAAGGUGGUGAACCAACUGAAUCAAACACCUUCAAAGAUCUCCAUGUUAUCUCUAUUGCUCAACUCAGAAGCACACAUGAAUUCACUAUUGAAGGUAUUGAGCGUCGCUCAUAUCACAAAGGACAUAAAGAUAGAACAAUUUGAUGACGUGAUAGCUUGUGUGACUACUAGAAAUUUCUUGGGUUUUAAUGAUGAUGAACUACCAAUCGAGGGAAAGAACCAUAAUAAGGCCCUCCAUAUAUCCUUGAAAUGCAUAGAUACUAUAUUGUCAAGAGUGUUAGUAGACACAGGUUCCUCAUUAAAUGUCAUGCCGAAGACAACUUUGAUAAAGCUGCCAAUGGAAGGAAUAAGUAUGAAACCUAGUACCCUAAUCGUAAAAGCAUUUGAUGGCUCAAGUUGCCUACUUGGGAGACCUUGGAUUCACUCUGCGGGUGCUGUCACCUCUACUCUGCAUCAAAAACUGAAAUUCAUUAUAAAUGACAAGAUGAUUGUGAUUGGAGGAGAAGAAGAUAUCUUGGUUAGUCACUUAACAUCUUUCCGAUAUAUCGAGGUGGAUGGUGAAAUCACUGAGACACCAUUCCAAUCUUUGGAAGUGGUAAACAUGAUGGUCGUCCAACAGACCUUGGAGGUCCCGAAAUCAGGACCAUCCAUGGCCUCGUGGCAAGGAGCUAAAGCUGUUAUGGAAAGUGAAGAUGCUCAAGACUGGGGCAAAGUGGUGGAAGUGAAAGAGAAAUGA